AUAUAAACCGUAAGAUCUUGUUCAGUGCUUAGGUUCCAUUGAGCUAACAUACCAACAAUGUUGAUUCAGUACCUUUUAGCAACUGCUUUGGUAUUCCAGGCGUGUCUGGCCGUGCCGUUCGGCCUGAAACCCAGGAUCACCGAUGGAGAGGAUGCCAGACCGGGUGAAUUCCCUUAUCAGGUCUCUAUUCGAUGGGGUGUCCCACCCUAUGUACCUUUUAAUCAUGCAUGCGGUGGUUCCAUUAUAAACAAGAAUUUCAUCUUGACUGCUGGACAUUGCAUCAUGAAAAUUGGUCAACUUCAAGUCCACGCUGGCAAACAUUAUCUUAAUAAAGAUGAACCUUCUCAGCAAGUAAUUGACGUCGCUGAGGCCUACGUCCACGAAAAAUACCCAGGAGGUGUUGCUCCAUACGACAUCGCUCUUCUAAAACUGAAAACUCCUCUCGUUUUUAACGAGAGAGUAUCCGCUGUUAAUUUACCGGACGACUUUGAAGAACGAAGUGGAAAAGCUGUACUCAGUGGAUGGGGCUCCAUUUCCAAGAAACUGCUUCCAGUAAUGCCCACGGUUCUCCAAAAAGUUACCGUUCCUUUAUUGGACCAUAAAUCUUGUCAAGAGAAAUUCCCGAAAGGUCCCGAAACACCAAAAGUCUAUGAUUCUAUGAUCUGCACUGACGCUAUCGGGGAAAUAUCCGCUUGUUCCGGUGAUUCUGGCGGUCCAUUGGUGCAAUUUGACAAUAACGGUCCCACCCAAGUCGGUAUCGUUUCAUGGGGAGUCUACCCAUGCGGUGUAAAUCGCAUGCCUUCAGUCUACACUCGCGUAGCUUCCUAUACCAUGUGGAUUAAGCUAACAAUUUGGAUUAAUGAAUAUCUGUUCGUUGGAUCGACAUCAAUCAGCAAAAUGUUUCCCAAAACAAUCGUGUGCUUUGCUCUCUUGGCAGUGGCAAUCGCUGAGAGGCCACGAAUCGGUCUCCGGUUGCCGUCGAUCUUCCCGCCUAUUUCUUCUCAAGUGGUCGGUGGAACAGAGGCACCCAAAAAUGGAUACCCGUUCAUAGUUUCCCUGCAAGCGCUCAACCAGCACUUUUGCGCUGGAUCCAUCUACAACGAACAAUGGGUCAUAACAGCAGGGCACUGCGUUCAGGCACUUCCCUCUAUAGAUCUUCUUAGCAUUAAGGCUGGAAAACACGAUAUUCGGACUGUGGAGGACAGUGAACAGACGGUAAAAGUGGUGAAAGCUUUCGUACACGAAAGUUAUUCAGGAGGUGUUGCCCCAUAUGACAUUGGUUUACUAAAGCUUGCGACUCCGUUGAAGUUGAAUAAGCAAGUACAACCAGUCCAAUUGGCUGAACCGGAAAGUGAACCAACUGGAGAGGCAUGGCUCUGUGGAUGGGGCUCCACCUCGACUAGCCCUUUCCCGGAAAUGCCGGAUAAACUUCAGCAUGUCCGGAUGGAGUACGUCGAUCGCACUACUUGUCACGAUUCUAUCGAGCGCUUGACGGGAUCAGCCCCUGUUCAUGAAACCAAUGUCUGCACUGGACCGAUGUACGAUCAAAUCUCCGCAUGCAGCGGUGAUUCGGGCGGACCUUUAAUUUCGCGCAAUGGACCAAAAGCGGUGCAAACUGGAAUAGUAUCUUGGGGUAUUGUUCCAUGCGGUAGUUACGGCGCGCCGUCGGUAUACACUAAAAUAUCAAAAUUCAAUGAUUGGAUUGAAAAGAAAGUCAAUAAAUAUUAAUAACGGCAAUAGUGACGACGUAUCAAUGAAUACUGACGACGAAUUAUUAUAUGUUAUUCAAUAAUCAAUAAAUAUCCAGCAUAACUAAA